AUGGAGCAGCAGCCGGAGGGACGGGUCCUGCGUUCGCGAGCGCGUUCGACGUCCACUCCAAUUCAUCGGGAAGCUACCCCUCUAUCGGAUGUGUCACGUGAAGGGAAGCGGAAGGAGGCGUCCAAAGUCCUUCAUGAGGAGGAGGAUGACGAGGAAUUCUCGGACGCCUCCCUGAUGGAGGUUACCGUUAUUGGUCACAACAACAACAUCAUGUGUACCGACGAACCCUCAACGUCGGUGAUUCCAGGGUUGGGUGCCGUGCAGUCGAUGCAGUCACUCGACCUGCAGCUUAACCACACGCUGCUGGAAUCGCUGGCAAAACAGGUUGAGCAGCUGAGUGACGAGCUUCGCCUGAGUCGAGAAAGAGAGCGUUCCCUGCAGAGCACGCUGGAGGCAAUGCAGGAAGGCAUCCGCACGUUGACGGCGAUGCAGGCAUCGGCACCGCUCGCUAGCCAGGGCAGCGCUCGCACAAAGCGCAGCCGGCAGCAACGGAGCCGUCGCCGAAAGCAGAAGCAGCAGCAGCAGCAACGGCAGGAGGGGACCAUCUACCGUCCUCCUCAAAUGCGGUUGCAGCAGCUGACCCAACCCCAGGGUCAGCAGAUGCAGCAGAAGCAACAGCAGCAGCCGCAGCGGCAGCUGUACGCGUCGGUGGCAGCAACGGUGCCACUCCAGCAGGAAGGCGGCACCUGGUCGGUGGUGGGGCCCCGCAAGCAGCCGCGUACAUCGGCGCAGCAGCAGCAGCCACGCAGCCAGCAGCAGCAGCCGCGUACAUCGGCGCAGUAG